AUGAAUGACCAUGUUGGUAGCGGCAAUGAUGCCAUCAGUCGCAUACACGGAGGAAAUGCUUAUGGAAAUGGUGAUGAGGACGGAGAGAAGGUAACUGACCUAGCUUUAUCCUUUAAUAUGGUAAUAGGAAAUACCCUAUUCCGUAAGAGAAAUGAACACCUUAUUACUUACAAAAGUGGUGAUAGAGCAAGUCAAAUUGACUUAAUUUUAUAUCGAAGGAGAAACAUUGGGGAGAUUAAACAUUGUAAAGUGAUAAUAGAGCUGAGCCACGAUAUGGUAGAUGUGAACACCUGGUGGAAUGAUGCAAGCAGUAUUAUAUUAAGAGCUGGAAAGGAAAUCCUGGGAAAAAAGGAAAUUUGGUGGCUUAAUGAAGAAGUACAAGAGCAAGGGCGUGCUAAGAAGAAAGCCAAGAAAAAAUGGGAAGAAAGUAAACUAGAUGAAGACAGAGCAGCAUAUCAACGAUGUUGCAAGGAAGCCAAGAAAGCAGUUGCCAUUGCAAAAUCAGAAGCAUACGACCAUAUGUAUGAAAAAUUAGACACUAAAGAAGGACAGGCGAAGAUAUCGGCUAAGAGUAAAAAUAAUAGGACGAAAUAUUUAACACACGUACGGCAGAUGAAGGACGAACGUGGAAGUAUGCUGAGAAAGAGAUAUAUUGAUAAGAUAGAAGCAGCAUCUUCAAAAGCUGCUAAAUGA